UUUCUCGUCUCGGCUCGUCUCUCCUCCGUAUGGUCGUACGAUCGAGGGAAGGGACCUCAGUCCAGUGACAGAUGACUCGUGGAAAGGAUUCUAUGAGCAACAAUUUGGAGUGGAGAGUGCAAAUACUGUGAUCAACAGGAUGAAACAGAAGAAAGUAGUAUUUAAGUGGAGACUGCUCUAUGAGGCAAAGCAAAAGGAAAGGGAAGAAGCUAAAAAUAGAAUGGCCAAGAAACAUAAACAGAAUUAUGCAGAGAGUCAAGCUAAGAAACAAAGUCGGAAAAUCCAAAUUUGUUCUAAAAUUCCACCCUCAAAAAAUAAGAGAGGCCACCGGCGAGGAAUUGGACCGAGUAAUAGCUUGUCCAAUGUGAAAAGUAACCUGAUGAAGGCGGCAAAAUUGGAGUACUGUAAUAGCCAUGAAGCAAAAGUACAUGCUCUGAUGAGAAGAAAUGCUCUGCGAGGAAACAGCUUGUCACAUCAAAGCAUCCCUCGUUCUGCAAAACAGAACAAUAUCCUUCGAAGCAAUCCGGAUUCAAGUUCCAGAAAUGGAAAACCAGUGGGAAGAAAACAAUUGCUUUACCUCAUCUUUUCAGGGUUUCUCAUGAGAAGGAAAACUUUGGUACCUAUUGAGUUCCUACAAUUUAUGGUACUCUGUCACCAAGGUGCCUCGUUGGCAUUAGUCUCUUAUCAUCCUCCUGUGAGUUUCGUAUCUCUAUAGAAAGAUCUGUGUUGACUAUAAAUAUUUGUUUUUAUAGCAUUAGAUUUGAGUUUUA